AUGCGUCCUUCAGCCAUCACCCUCUUUGCCCUUGCGGUGACGCCCAUCUCCGCCGUGGACCUCUCGCCUCGCGCGGGCGCCUGCCCUGCUGUUUGGCAAAGCGUAGCUAAAGACCUCGAGAAUCUCUUCCAGGGUUGCAAUAAAGCAGCUCGCUCAGCCGUUCGCGCUGUGCUCCACGACUGUUUGCCUGACGGCUGCAACGGCAGCUUGAUCCUUUCCCAGCAAGAAUGCUCACGGAUCGAGAACCAAGGACUGAAAGACUACUGCCAUACAAUCAACCAGAAGCGCCUUCAGUACCGUGUUGGUGCUGCUGACAUAGUCCAAUUUGCCGGUGCAAUGGCACUCUCAGCAUGCCCGCUCGGCCCCCAGGUUACGGCGCUUGUGGGCAGAAAGGACAGCGCGGCAGCUGCACCACCAAAUGGCCUACCGAGGAGCUCUGAUUCUGUCCAAAGCAUCUUGGCAAGGUUCGCAGCUAAGGGCUUCAGCCCUCAAGACGUGGUUGCGCUACUUGGAACCCACAGCAUUGCGAUCCAGUUCCAAGAUGAUCCCGCGAGAGCUGGCACACCACUCGACUCGACGCCAGCUAUAUGUGACAUUAGGUAUUUCGCAGAGACGAAGGCCGGUACUGCGCCUUAUAGUCUUAGGAGUGACCGUCUCAUGUCCAGCGCACCCGAGACUUAUAGACCAUGGGCCGUCUACGCAAAGUCGACAGCGAUGUGGGCCGAUGCUUUUAUAAGUGCAUGGAGCCGGUUCGCGGUCAUUGGCAACGACCCACAGAGUCUCCAGGACUGCUCUCAUCUUAUCCCCAAGUCCACGGUUCCCCGUGCCAGACAGGUGGCUCACGCACAAAUGAUGGAAAAGUUGACCAAGAAGUUCAUAGCAUAG